UACUUUGCAGAAAUUGUUGUAUUUUUAUGGAGUUCUCUAUUGAUAUAGUCGCAGGAAAUGCAGAUGUCUAAAACCAUCUUAGCCCUUCCUGCGGUUGGACUCCUAUUCUGACCACAAGUCCUACAACUAUGCAAGUCUCUGGCCUUAGUCACUCCAACAACCUGGCUGGAUGUCAUGUUUCACUGACCAGUUUCGGAGGGGGUCACCAACAUGACGUAAGCCAAGAGCACAGCUGACUCUCUACUGAUCCAGCACGAGUUUCAGAUGUGGUCACCUUCACCCAUAAGCUUAGACCAGCGAGUGCCUGUUUUGGCAACCGUUGCUCCUGAAAUCAAAAAAGAAAUCCUGCAGGAAUAACUGAUCCUACGCUCAGCUCCUACUGAGUAAGUCGAGGAUAGCAAUUAAAAUCACUCAUUCGUGUUGCAGGCUUUUAAGUCACAUUGUUAUUUUUCACCUAUGAAUAGCACCGAGUGAUUCACGAAGAAGCCGGCUCUCUUUUUACGUCUCUCUUUCCCCGUUCUUAAACAGACUGGAUGAAUGAACACACUGGUUCUGUUCACAUGCCUGCCGCCACUCUUGGCGCUCUGAAAGGUCUCAGAGACACACUCCAAGUUGCACGUCCCCCCUCCUUGCCCUCCUCCUCUUUCUCAACUUCUGCUGGGUUGGUUGGUUAAUUUAGUGAGCAUUAGUGGGCGUGAGCAUGUGUGUGUUGGUGCUCCUAGGGCGCAUGCGAACUGAGGCCCAAAGGGGAAAGCCUUGCUCGCAGAUCUAAGCCAGCUGCCCUGAUUUAAACACUUCAUUGCAAGAAGAGAGGGGGAAUCCGCAUGCAUCCCCCCUACCGGUGUGCUCAGAGUACACUGGCAAAGCAGCUGCCAGCUCUACAAACAACAGACGCUACAAAUUACACGUUUGCUGUUAGGUAGAGGCAUUUAGGCCGACUCUCAGGACUCAAAGGGCACUCGCUGCCCUGAGAGGAGGGGGGGGCGUUCAAGCAAACUGACCUCUGGGGUUAAGCAGAAUCAGUUUGUGUGGAUCUCUGUUGAGGAGGGGAGGAGGGAACAGUUAGUGGGAGGUGGGAGGCCACAGUGGGGCUCCUGCGCCGCUCAAGAAGGAGACGAAGCAUUCGCCGGGAAGCGAGGGAAAGAGGAGGAUAUGGCCACGGGAGAGAUCACAACACUUCCCUCCACACCUGAAGACGGCGGCAGCGGCGGCUUUCCUCCCGGGAGCUUCAAGGAACCCAAACGGCUGUACUGUAAAAACGGGGGCUUCUUCUUGAGGAUAAGGUCUGACGGGGGAGUGGAUGGAAUCCGGGAGAAGAACGACCCCCACAUAAAGCUUCAACUCCAGGCGACCUCAGUGGGGGAGGUGGUCAUCAAAGGAGUCUGCGCAAAUCGCUAUCUGGCGAUGAACAGAGAUGGACGACUGUUUGGAGCGAGACGAGCGACAGAUGAAUGCUACUUCUUAGAGCGACUCGAGAGCAAUAACUACAACACCUACCGCUCCAGGAAGUACCCAAACAUGUACGUGGCACUGAAGCGGACUGGCCAGUACAAGUCUGGAAGCAAAACUGGACCGGGUCAAAAGGCCAUUCUUUUUCUUCCGAUGUCUGCCAAGUGCUAAUCCGGGGAUCCGAUUGAGAAAUAUUAAGUGGAAGCAACAAAGAAGAAGAUGUGACGGCAAUGAAGACAAAGUGUUCCCUCAACAUUGCCCAAAUAUAGCUGUGACGCUUUCUGACUGUUGUAUCCUGAGCACGUCUGCUUUUAUUCAGCUUUUACUUUUAAACAGCUGCACACUUUGAGUACUGGCUGCUUCUCAGUAAAACUAGGUUUUUUACUUCUACACUAGUGUAGCAGACUUCUACACGAGUGCAACUGGAGCCAGGUGCCUUGCUCAAGUGCACCCCUGAAGUACAGCAGUGUUCAUUUUACAGAUUCAGAACCUCUGUAUAGAGGAAUAUUUCUCCUCAAUACAAAGGGUUAAGAAAUGCACUAAAAUCCUACAUUAUUAUAACUUUACAACAAAGAAGAGGUUGAAUUAAAUAACUCAUUUUUAAAUGUUAUGACACAAAAUUAUUCAACAAAAACAAGACUAAAAACACACAAAAAUUAAAAUCCACACAUUGCUUACAGUUUUUUCUAAUAAUUUUUCACGAGUCAUUAUCUUGACACACUUAACGGUUACAGAACAGGUUUGCUGAGCUUGUCUUUGUUCGGCGUUUCACAUUUGCAAGUGUUCAGAAAUGAGACCUAAAACUUAGCAUUUUAGCUCCCCCAGUUCCCUUCUUGACGUCAGUGGUUUUUUUGAAUGGGUUUUUAUUUCUUUUUUAAGGUCUGUGCUUAACACAAGCUUAAGAGACUUUUAGGUUUUGCUCUGUGACAUAAAAUGCAUCAGUAAAAACCCCACUCGUUAGUUUUGAAACUUUUAUGCGUCUUAAAAAGUCAGUUGCCAACAAGAGGCUAAAUGAGACUACAGAAGUUGUCGCCAAACACAGCUUUACAGCCUUUACAGCCGUAGAGAUGUUGUUAUGUGGCUGUGAUGCAGUUCAUUUAUAGCCUAACGUUAGCUUUUUACUUCUGGCAAUUGCUUUUCGGCUUCAAAAAUCAUAAAAGUGUUUAUUCGUGAAAAUUAUCUUGCUGAGCAAGUAUCAUAAAUGUUAAUCACAGAGCUUUUUAUCUGCAAUAAUCCAAAAUCCAAUGAAAAAUUCCACAGACCUUUUGAUCAGGGAACCAGGGCGAUGCUAACUUCCCUGUCAGCCUACAGAAAACGUAAUCCCUGCACGACUUUAUAAUCGAAUAAUCGAAAAAUAAAGAUUUGUGCAAAGAAGUCCAAACGUUGCAUGGCACUGGAGCAUAACUCAUACAUUCACCAAUACAAGAUAAUUGUUGAGUGAUGUCACAUCCAAUGACAGAGAGGCAGUUAACUUGAAAGAAAAAGAUAAGUUUUACUUCAUCAGUCCAAUUCAGCAAUGCAGCCAAAAUUAAUGUUAGCUUCUGCUAAUAUAUGGCCUGACACUGGGGGUUAGCUUGGUAAGAACUAUUCCCAGUUAAAAAUACAGUAAAAUUUUGCAACAGUACCUUCAAAUAUUGGCAACCAUGAUUGCCUGACAGAUAUGGACUUCCAACAUGGCCACCAAAAUUGUUAAAUAAACCAUCUUUUCACACUAUGAGUGACAACACUACAGCGGGACCAGCAUGAAUGUCUAAAGAGAACUGGAUACAGCAUUGGCAAUGUUCGUUCCUUUAAAAGUUGCUCAUUGGCACACAAUGCUAAAAAGUUUGACCUCCAGAUGUUAAGUUACCCAGAUUUUCUGUAUCAUUAGGCGCGUAAAACAAACACAGUCGAGCCUUCGCCGGCUGAGUAGCUAACUUCCGGUUCAGCACUCUGCUAACCUGGAUGAAGAUUUGAUUGUGUGGCUCCUCGAGACUUUUGAAAUGUUAUCAGAUGGAAUGGAUCCAAUCCUUUUAUGGUUAUGGCUCUCAUAUCCGGCGCACUUUCUGGGGGCCUGUUUCACACUACAGGUGACAAAUCUACAGCAUAGCCUGCGACAUUAUCAUUGAGUUGUCGCUGAAGUGUAGCUCAAGCGUUUGUUGACAUAAUUAUGUAGCCAUGUGUUUGUGUGUGUCUGCGAACAUAUGAUAUGGUUAACAAUUUGCCGCGUCAUUAAAGUGCUGAAAAAAAACUGAGACCAGCUCAACUAUCAUUUGUAGCAUGCUGCGUCUCCCACAGAAUUAGAAUCUGUGUGGCUACAGAGGCCAUGAAUGCAAACUUUAAGACCCAUUGUAAUUAACAAAUAAGUUUUACUUCCACUGCGCCUGGUGUUCUGCUGCUCCAUCUGUGCCCAGAGUACGCUCUGUGCUCCGCAAGUGUGUGCACAACCAAAUGGUAUAUAUAUUCCAAUAGCACUCCUAAUUAACAGUCCAGCUUCAUAAAUAUAAAAUAAUUUUGUGGCGGCAGAUGUUUUGAUCAUAGUGACCUGUGAUGAAUUGAAAAAAAAAAAAAAAAAGUUUGGGAAACGCUGAGCUCAUCUCAGCAGUGGCAAAUGUCAGGCGUCAGUUUUUGGCUUCAUGUAACUGACUUGCAUUGAAAAUGACUUUUAGCUUGUUGCUUUGUCACCGGUAGUUUAAACAUAAUAUACAACUUGUAGGCACCUCAGUGGCAUGUUUCCUUAAAAACCAUAAAGUGAUGUUCUUUCAGACAGGGUUCCCACGGUCAUGAAAAAUCUGGAAAAGUCAUGGAAUUAGCAAAAAUUAUUAAAAGGGCUGC